CCUCCCUCUUUCUCUCUCUUUCAUCAACGCUUUGCAUUUGCAUUUGAGCGAUUCGGCUGUAGCAGGAGAGCACAAACGCGUGCUCUCCAAGCAUCUAUCGGUAAUCAGAUCCUCGAAACCCUAGAUCUUCUCUCGGAUCUUUCCCGAUCUUAGCUCCCUUCGAUCCAGAUCGACGGAAUUUCACGUGCCGUUUGCCAUUGCGGGCGAUUGCUGGAGUAUUCUUGUUCUUCCGGCUCGAUUCGCUGCUUGGAUUACUUGGAUUGGUCCUAGUUUUACCUACAUUGCUGUAUUUUAGUUGUUCCGGGUAUUAAAAUAGCUGGAUCUGGGGAUGAGGUGGAAUUGCUGAGGCGUCGUUGAUGGCUGCGCAACCGGAGAAGAUGCAUUUUCCUGCUGGCGAAGCGCUGCCGCCGCGGCAGUGGUUUCCGGACGAGAGGGAUGGGUUUAUCUCUUGGCUGAGGAGUGAGUUUGCGGCGGCGAAUGCGAUUAUUGAUUCGCUGGUGCAUCAUCUCCGGCUCACGGGGGAGCCCGGGGAGUACGAACACGCCAUAGGAUGCAUACAGCAGCGGCGAUGUAACUGGACACCUGUCAUCUACAUGCAGCACUACUUCUCCAUCGGGGAUGUGCUGCUUGCUCUUCACCAGGCUGGGUUGAGGAGGCAGCAUACACAAUAUCAGAGGGAGGGGAAAAAGCCAAGUUCUUUUGGGUAUAGGCAGGGACAUCGGUCGGAUAGUAUUAGGGAGCAUCAUGGCUCUUCUUCCCCUUUGUCAUCGGCUGCCUCUGAGCUGGCUCAUUCGGAGAAGGGAAAGUAUAAAUCGGGAUGUGGAGAAGAUGGAAAAAUAUUGGGGGGAGAUCAGUCAUCAGGAGGAAUGGGCUUGUCGGUGGCGGCUGUGGUUCGAAAGGAUGGCGAAGGGACUAAUGGUACUUCUAGUUCAGAGAUGGAUGACAGACAAACGAAUGAAGAAAAUUAUGGCCAGAUGGAGCCUGCUGUUGUUGAAAAUUGCCAUGACCAGCUCGUGAAAGAAACAAAAAAUGAUCCUCUUCCACUUGAUGGUGGCGAUCAAAACCUAAAGCAAGAUGGAAAUCAGGAACUUAUUCCAGUUCCCAAAAUUUUUGUGGGAAAUGAAACAAGUGAUGGAAAGAUGGUCAAUUUUGUUGAAGGGCUUAAGUUAUAUGAGCAAUUGUUUGAUUGCUCAGAAAUCACAAAAUUGAUUUCUUUGACAAAUGACAUGAAAGCAGCUGGGAGAAGGGGAGAUUUUCCAGGCCACACUAUGGUGCUAUCAAAGAGGCCAAUGAAGGGACAUGGCAGGGAAAUGAUUCAACUGGGCAUCCCUAUCUCCGAAGGACCUGUAGAGGAUGAAAAUGAGAUUGGUUCCUUGCUGGAGAGGAAAGUGGAGCCUAUUCCCAAGUUACUACUUGAUAUUUUUUAUCGCUUGGUGCAACUGCAAGCUUUUUCUGCUAGUCCUGAUUUUUGUGUUAUUGACUUCUUCAAUGAGGGUGAUCAUUCGCAACCCCACAUUUGGCCCUCAUGGUAUGGCAGACCCGUUUGUAAUUUAUUCCUGACUGAAUGUGACAUGGUCUUUGGCCGGGCAAUUGGCACAGAUCAUCGAGGGGAUUAUAGAGGUUCUCUCAAGCUUUCCCUGAAAAUAGGGUCUCUUCUGGUUAUGCAAGGCAAAAGUGCAGAUAUAGCCAGGCAUGCCAUUCCCUCUAUUCGCAAGCAGAGAAUCAUUCUAACAUUUGGAAAAUCUAACCCCAAAAGACCUCCACCCAUAGAAAGCUCUCGCAUCCCUAUCUCCACCGUCUCCACGCAAUCAUGGGCUUCACCAUCAGCCAGGCCAAGUGUCCCUCGCCAUUCUUCGUUGGGUUUAAAACAUUAUGGAGUUGUCCCUGCAACUGGAGUCCUGCCACCUCCGGCCGUUCGCCCUCCUUCAAAUGGUAUACAACCAUUAUUUGUUGCCCCAACCCAAGUUGCUCCAGCUGCUGUUCCUUAUCCCUCACCUGCCCCAGUGCCUCCAGUAUCAGCUGGAUGGCCCAUUGUAAGUCCUUCAAUGCAUCCCGGACCUCGACUUCCAGUCCCCGGAACCGGUGUUUUCCUCCCGUCGUCCGGCUCCAAUCAUUCUCAACCACAACAGCUUCCUUUCUCAUCAUUUUCCGAGGAUACAAGCCCUUCUUUGGAGGUAGAAUCAAAACCUGAAAAUCUGAAACUUGCAGAGGACAAACCAAGCAGCCAAAAUGGCUCUUCUCAAAGUAUUGUCACAGAAAGCAUGGAGAUUCAACCAGACUGCAAUGGAAGCAUAGAAAAUGGUCCUCCUGCAGCUGGUCUGAAAGUCAUUUCCAAGGAAGAAAACCAAAAUUUUACCCACAUCAAGAAGAAGACAUCAAGCAAACAUUGACUGUAAGAGCUAUAGAGUCAAAAGAAGGAGACAGAGGAAACUGUUUAUAUUCUAAAAUCUGGUAAAAUAUAGUUCAAUAUCUGCAUGAGCUUGGGUCAAAUGUAAAGAGCGGCAGAAGAGCUGAUGAUGGCCAAUUCCUUAUUUCGUAUGUAUCCUUUUAUUUAAUUUCUGAGUCUGUGAUAUUGGACAUUAUAUUAUAUUUUUGUAGUUGUAGAAUCAAAUGGUUGGACAAUUUUAAUCUUGCUGUGAUCUGUAGCUGAACUGCUAUUUAGUCUAUUUACAGGAUUGUCUCCAUAA